CCCUUCCCCCCCAACAAUUUCAAGCACUUUUUAACUCUCUUUUCAAAGUUCUUUUCAUCUUUCCCUCGCGGUACUUGUUCGCUAUCGGUCUCCCGUCAGUAUUUAGCCUUAGAUGGGACUUACCACCUGCUUUGGGCUGCAUUCCCAAACAACCCGACUCUGCGAAAGCGCCUCGUGGAGCGGCUAAGACCGUGGCCGACGGGGUUCUCACCCUCUCGGACGCCCCCUUCCAAG